UUUAAUCUUUUAUAGAGAUAAGGUCUCACUGUGUCCCAGGAUAGUCUCCAACUCCUGGGCUCAAGCGAUCAUCCCGCCUCAGCCAACAAUUCAAUUAAGUGAUAAACCAAUGUUAUCUUUGGAGACGACCAUAGCUUCCCCUAAAACCCCCAUAGCUUUCCCUAAAACCUGGAGCCUAGCUUGUACCCAAUACAGUGUAACAAAGCACGUCUGAGACAGCUACGUAGUGAUUCUCCUCUAUCCCUCCUACGCCCUGGGGAUUUGUGUUCUUCCGUUCCCGCGGGUGUCCUGCUAUGGAGCAUCGUGGAAGCAGCAGAAAACUUGGAGGCAAAGGAACCUGGCUGUGGUCUUAGCCCAGGACCAUGGCACUGGUUGGAUUUCAGUAUGAACCAAACUGGGGGCUCAUACGUGACACAGAAGCAGGUCUUUAAUUGUAAAUCAACUUUCAUGAAAUCUUAUUUUACACCAAUGUCCACAAAGACGAUGGCUACGACUCAGGUCCACGGAAACAUCCUAUUACGCGACCCCUCAGCCUUUAAGUAGACGCGCGCGUUAAGCAAGGGCCACGGUCCAUCCGCGCGCGCCGCCGCGCUAGCCCCGCCCCGCCAAAGCCCCCGUCCUUGCGAUUGGUUCCUUUGCCUGCGCGCGCCGGUUGCCAUGGAGACCACGGCGAUGGCAACCAACAGAAACCAAACUUGCUCGUCUGUCGCGAAUCGCCGCGGGACCCCGACGGGCGGUCCGGCUGCGCGCGACGCUCAUGGCGCUCCACGAGCUCUUCUCUCACCCGGUGGAGCGCGGCUACCGCGCGGGGCUCUGCUCCAAAGCCGCGCUCUUCCUGCUGCUGGCCGCCGCGCUCACCUACAUCCCGCCGCUGCUCGUGGCCUUCCGGAGCCACGGCUUUUGGCUGAAGCGGAGCAGCUACGAGGAGCAGCCGACCGUGCGCUUCCAGCACCAGGUGCUGCUCGUGGCCCUGCUGGGACCCGAGCCCGGCGGGGUCCUCGCCUGGAGCACGUUCCCCGCCUUCAACCGGCUGCAGGGGGAUCGCCUGCGCGUCCCGCUCGUGUCGACAAGAGAAGAAGACAGAAACCAGGAUGGGAAAAUGGACAGGCUGCAUUUUAAACUGGAGCUUCCCCUGCAGUCUACAGAGCACAUUCUUGGUGUGCAGCUCAUCCUGACAUUCUCCUACCAACUGCACAGGAUGUCGACGUUCGUGAUGCAGAGCAUGGCGUUCCUCCAGUCUUCCUUUGCCGUUCCUGGGUCCCAGUUACAUGUGAAUGGAGACCUGAGGCUGCAGCAGAGGCAGCCGCUAAGCUAUGGUGGCCUAGAUGUCCGAUACAACGUGUCCGUGAUCAAUGGGACCAGCCCUUUUGCCUGUGACUAUGACCUCACCCACAUUGUUGCUGCCUACCAGGAAAGGAAUGUCACCACCAUCCUGGAUGACCCCAACCCCAUCUGGCUGGUGGGCAGGGCUGCUGAAGCCCCAUUUGUGAUUGAUGCUGUCAUCCGAUACCCUGUGGAAGUCAUUUCUUAUCAACCAGGAUUCUGGGAGAUGAUAAAGUUUGCUUGGGUUCAGUAUGUCAGUAUCCUGCUCAUCUUCCUCUGGGUGUUUGAAAGAAUCAAGAUAUUCGUGUUUCAGAAUCAGGUGGUGACCACAGUCCCUGCAAACGCAAUGCCCCAUGGAGAAGUGUAUAAGGAGCACUUAUCCUAAGAAGACCAUUUCUGAAGAUGCAGCAGGAACAAGGCUACCUCACUGUUGUUUUCUGAAAACUGCCAUCCUACAUUUCUACAGGAGCCCAGCGGACACUUGUGGACUUCAGCAUUUUUUCCCUGAGACACAAAAGCAGUUCUUUCCAAUUUUGUUCUGUACAAAUUCCAUGUGUUCUAAGCACCUACAAAGCCAUGAGGAAAUAAUUUGUAGAAAGGU